GAUACUACUAGUCGAUGUACUUUUUUUCUAUUGCAGGUAUAUGAUAGAUAUUAUAAUAAUCCAAGCAACAACCGAAAUAUUGGAUGGCAUUUCAAUUAAGGAUAAUCGAAAAUUACCACCAAGUAUGCUGUUGUUGCUUACGCCAAUGGAAUGGAACCAAUCCCAGGCCAAGUGCAAAAACUAUUCACAUCCAAUUCAUUAUAUAUAUUCAAGAAAGCAAAAAAGCAAAUCUACAUUCAAUGUUGCCCAACAACAAUAUCUGCUCGGAAGUCUCCCCCUUUCGAAAGAAGAUAAAUUUAAAAUGGAUAUUCUGAUGAAUUUGGCAUUAUGUGCAUAUGUUGACAUUACAAACAAUAUCCAACCCUGA